CGAAUAUCGAUGUAAUAAUGAAGUCCCGUACUAUUUUCCGGAUUCAUUUUUUUGCAAACCGUCAGCGGACUUUAGGAUUAGACAUACAAAUAUGGCCGCACGCUGUAGUACCAACCAUGGAAUCUUUUAGGAUUUUGAUUUUCAGUUUAUUUCUUCUAACUGAUGUCAAUGCAGAUGAACAUUUGACAUCGAAGUUGAAGGCCGAUGGAUAUGAAAGAAUGAGAUGUGGUUAUUCAUUGACAACACUAUGGACGGCUGAGCUUGCCCACUCUCCUUUUGCCUCUGCACCGUUGAUAGCCGAUGUAAAUGGUGAUGGCUCUUUGGACAUAACAGCUACACCGUUCAGUGAAAGCAUGUCUGUUAUUAAUGCCCAGACAGGCAAAGUCUUGUCAGAGUCCAAAUGGCCGGCCCUCAACCUGGAUAACUCCAUCUAUGCCAGUCCACUUCAGUUUGAUGUUGAUGCUGAUGGUAUGCUGGAUCUGCUGUUCACAAUGGCUUCAGGGGAAUUACUGUUUUUUCGACCAGACGGAACCAGGCUUAAACAUAAAAAGUAUCAGGUUGCCCCUGUGUUUGUGUCCAGGACCUGGUACACUGACAUGAUAUCGGUACCCUACAAUGACAUUGACAGAUAUGUUACCAUUGAUCCACCAAGUGUGCCGAAUGACCAGUAUAUUGCUGUUGACCCCCACAUCCUGGCCACACCUGUUCUAGCUGACCUGAACAGUGAUGGACGACUGGAGGAACUGGUCAUACCAGUGUCCUACUUCUACGAGGAGGAUGACUACAGCAGGUUCCCCCACCAGCUCGAGAAACACAAAAUGAGUAACUUCACUGACUUAGAGCGAUAUGUCGUGGCUGGAGUGACAGUUGUCAACCUUACAUCCUUGACCCCACUCUGGACCAAAGUGUUUGACCUUACCCAGGUUGUGUCUGUAUAUCCAGCUUACAACCUGUUCUCCCCGACAGUCGCUGACCUUGACAGUGAGGGUGGUACUCUAGACAUUGUCAUGGGGACGUCAGCAGGCCGAGUCUAUGUGUUUGAUCACCUGGGAGCCGCUAGGAAGGGCUGGCCAAUCACAGUCAACAGUGUCCAUGGUCAGAUCACAGUAUCUGAUGUGAACGGCGAUGAGAGAUUAGACAUGAUUGUCGUGGAUACGAGUGGUAAUGUGCACUGUAUCGGUGCAGAUGGCAGCACUAUCUGGGAAGCAGAGAUAUCGGGGACUUCCUCUCCUGGCAGUCGUUUAUAUGACUUGAAUGAGGACUCCGUCUUAGAUGUCAUUAUCACCACCAAUGAUGGGAACGUUUAUGCUUUGGAUGGGAAGAAUGGAUCUGUUUUGCCAGGCUGGCCUAUCAGGACAGCACAAAAACUGACCGCUAAUAUCUUAAUAGCUAAACUAUCAACUACACACACUGCUCCAGAUAUGGUUUUCUUAACAAAUGAUGGGUCUUUGCAUAUUAUAUCAACUACUCUGGAAUGUAAUACCCAUUACCCCCUUGGGGAAUCGUCACUGGUGCAAAUUUUGUCCCAUGACCUGGUAGACAAAGCUGAAGGCGUGGAGCUCCUCAUAGCCACCAACGAUGGAUCUCUUAUAUGCCUUGGCUCUGAAAAUGAAGUGGAGGAUCCAUUUACUGGAAUAGAUGAUGAAAAAAUACGGGAAAAUCACCUACAAUCCUUACCAUCUGAUGUUAAAACUCCCAAUGACUUUUCUUAUGCACAAAAUAAGCUCGGUGUCUAUGUUACCUGGUUUACCAAGUCGGAAGGGGAGGUAACUGGUGGAAAGUUCACCUUACAAUUUGAAAUAAUUGAUCCAACAGGAAGCACAAAAAAUGUCUACAAAAUCAAGGUGUAUUUUGGUAGUAAUUUACUGUUUUCUGAUGAGUAUGACCAACCUGGAGAAUACAGUGUCAUCAUCCCAGUAUGGGAGGAGCCAAGGCUUGGUCAUGUGACAGUGAUCAUGACCAAUCAGCAUGGUCAAAUUUUCCAGGAUUCCUAUCCAUUGAGAUUUAACACCUUGGUGAUGGAAGAUCUACAGUGGUUGUUGAUGGCUCCCUUCAUCGCCAUGGUGAUAAUACUACUGGUCAUACACGGAUUUCCUGCUAAAGACUUGCUACCUUACACAAAUCAGUCCAAAGGAAGUUGACACACAACAAUCUCUUUAGCCUUCAACUUGUUUGUUUGUCGUUUUUUUAUGUGAUUUGUGUUUAUCAUGAAAUGAUAUGGAGAGAAUGUAAACAUUAACAGAGUAAGAAAAUAACGUCAGUGCUUUUUGUUACAUUUCCUUAAUGUAUUAGAUUGUGUGUUAGUGUGUUUAUAUAGAUUUAUAGCAAGAUUUUUGUAUUAACAAAGCACUUCAUUGACCGUGGACCUCUAUAUGGGAGAUUUUUGUUGAGGGUCUGUAUGGGUGAGUUAUAAUUAGGAUUUGUAUGGGUGAGUUCUGUUGAGGAUUUGUAUCUGUGUGUUUUGUUGAGGAUCUGUAUGAGAGAGUUAUAUUGAGGAUCUGUACGAGAGAGUUCUGUUGAGGAUCUGUAUGAGAGAGUUAUAUUGAGGAUCUGUAUGGGAGGCUUAUAGUGUGGGUCUAUAUUGGAUUUCUGUUGAACAAGAGCAAAUAUAUAUUGUUUUGUUGUAACAUUAUUACUAAGUGGCUCAUUCCAAAAAACAUUUGAUGAAGCAGCAGUGACAAUUGGGCAGUGUCGCUUCAGUAACAUGUUUGUUUCCUUUACAAAAAUAAUAGUAAAUUCCGAGUUCCUUGAUGAGUAUACGUGCCCGUUACUGGAAACAUGAAGGAGUAUCUGUUACAUUUCAUCUCGUGUGAAUUUCUCUCACAACCACUAUAGAUGUCAUCAUUCCAAACUCAUCUGAUAAUCUGCUAGCAGUUUGCGAAUAUUUUUGGUCACACUAGUGGGUUACACCAUCGGCUUGAUUUCAUUGGUCAGUCUUUUAAUUAUGAUGUCAUAUAAUAGUGCUUUGUGUAUUGUUCUUGGCAAUUGUAUCCCCAAUCGCAAAUACAAAUAACGUGUAAUAAUGUUUCCUAGAUACAUGUAUAAACGGACUGUUAUGGGAGAGAAAAAGGCCUAAGUUUGUGAUGGCUGGUUAACGAUGUUUAUCUUACUCUCAUAAAUCAAAUUGUAAAAAGACACUCGGUAAUAUAAACAUCAUGUUUUAAUACGAUAAGAAAGAUUACUAACUUGAGUUUAGAUAAACAUCAUACAUUUAAUGUACCAAGCAGCACUCCUUGGGGAACUUCUAUGAAACUAGUUAAUGAAUGUAACUAUGUAUGUAUAAGUACAUACUAAAUGUAACUAUGUAUGUAUAAGUACAUAAUGAAUGUAACUGCAGGUAUGGAUAAUGGAAGUAAGUAUAAUAAGAAUCCUGUGUAAUUUUAUUUUGUAAUGUAAGCGAUUUCUGUGUGGAAAAAAGGAUUCAAAACAAGGAAGCAAUAUUACAACAAUUUUUUCAAGUUGGAAGCAUUCAAAGUCGGUGACAGUAAUGUUUUGAUACCUUUUCAGAAAGUAUCUAAGGCAGCUUAAAGUAAGGGGAUCCAGACAAGGCAGAAACGAUCACGAUGUUAUACUGUGUCAUGUUCCAUUGAUGAUAGUGGUAUUUUUUCUUUUUUCCAUUCAUUUUUUAAAUAAAUCUAAUUUUUCUAAUU